AUGGGUGGCGACUCCCCGCAGACUCCACAGCGUGGUGAGAGCGCGGCCUACUUCUACAUAGGCGAUCCAGGUCCACAGACGCCCGUCGUCCUCCAUCGCUUCCGCCCCCGGGAUCGACAUGGCAAGGCCGUGCACGUCUCUCCAGCAGCCGUGUUUGUGGAGGCAUGUCUCAGCUUGGCAGUUGCUGCCGGCCAGAAGCUCAUCACCAUAGACACCAAGCUCCCAGAGUGCCACUGCUUCGGCGAGUUUCCCGGAGCGUUUGUCGAGGGACGGUUAGCGCCGGCCCCUCUUCUCUUCGCGCUUCUCAAGGCGCAGCGCCUUGCCUGCGAGGUGCCUUGCAUCGGCAGCCAGGCGGCCUGGGCUGCUCGAGUGGAGGCAACUUUGGCUCCACUGGUGUCCCUGGUGCUUUGGGCCUUUGGCCCUUGCUAUCGGCGCCACACUCGUGCAGCGGUGUUGCGGGGCUCUUGUCUCGCCGCCUGGCCGGUGUCCUUGAUCUUCUGCCUUCGGCGACGAUGGCGGGCACGGCAGGGCAUCGAUAGCGUGCGCGGCGCUAUCAAAAGCCUUGAGCCCGAGCUCCGGCGAUUUUUGGAAGACUGGGAAGACCGUAGCCGCAGGCUUUCUGCCUCCGAAGCGCCUUCGCUGGAUGAGUUGGCCUUCAGGGAGUUGUGCCCGCUGGCCCCCGAGCUGCAACAGUGGCUGAGAGGCAGCACGGAGGCGAUAGGAGCUCGCCUGGAGAUUGCCAGGAGUCAAGAGACGUCCUCUGCGCCGCUGCGCUGGGCUUCUACCGAGGAGGUGGUUGAGUGCAGCGAAGAGAGCAGCACCCGCAUUCCCAAGCUCCUGUUGGACCGAGCUUCGGAGGCACGGGGAGUCGCCUCCGCUGGUCCCUCGGUGAUGGAGGUCACAGAGAUGAAGCAGAUGUGGAUGAACGUCUCGGGGGGCUUCAAAACUGCGUGGACGACCUUCUGGCGCGCGGAGACGGUUGAUGUGGAGGAUGGCAUCGCCUCACAGCCUUUGUCGGCAAGCCAGGUCCGAGGCAACUGGAUUUUCGCAGCCUGCGUGCUGAGCACUACGCUCGGCUUCGUGGCCGUGUCACUUCGCAGCAGCCAGCCAGUCGAACGCAGCGGAUAA